AUGAGUGCAGCUGAGAUUGACCCGGCGAAAGGCCCAGAGAUCUCCUUUCAACCACCGACGGAGGAAACGAGCAAGGGGGGCGACGGAGAACGCAUUUUUCAGGAUGAAGAGUCGCAAAAUCUCCGCCGCGGGUUGGAACAACGGCAUACGCAGAUGAUUGCCAUUGCCGGUGCAAUUGGAACUGGGCUCUUUCUUGGACUGGGCAGCUCAAUUGCCUCUGGAGGACCGCUGGGUGCCCUGCUCGGGUACAUGCUGGUUGGUGUCAUUGUCUGUGCGAUCCAGAUCGCACUGGGGGAAGUUUCAGCCUUGAUGCCCGUGACAGGAUCGUUUGUGCGACAUGUUGAACUCUUGGUCGACCCCGGGCUGGGGUUUGCGAUCGGGUGGAAUGUGGUAUAUGGCUGCUUCAUGUCGGUGCCCAGUGAGAUCUCGGCCGCCGUCGUGCUGAUCCAGUACUGGACGGAUCUGAACACAGCCAUCUGGGUGACAAUUUUGAUCAUCCUCUCCGCUGUUGUAGCUUUGCUCUUCAUCCGGGUCUACGGUGAGCUCGAGUUCUGCUUCGCCAUUCUCAAAAUUCUCCUCAUAAUCGGCAUUGUCAUCAUGGGGCUAGUCAUCGACCUCGGUGGCGUGGCUGGCGCCCCUCGUUUGGGAUUUCAUUACUGGAAAGAUCCCGGUCCUUUCUCCGAAUACAUUGCCUCUGGUGCAUGGGGACGCUUCCUGGGCUUCUGGGCGGUUCUGACGACAGCCGUGUACAGCUUUUCCGGGGUAGAAAGUCUGACGAUGGCCGCAGCCGAGAUGCAGAACCCGCGACGCAACAUUCCGCGGGCCUGCAAGCGCGUCUUUGCCCGCGUUACCAUCUUCUAUGUCAUUGCCGUCCUGAUCGUGGGCAUGCUGGUUCCCAGCACCGAUCCACGCUUGAACGAUUACUCCGGGACGGCGGCCACCAGCCCCUUCGUAAUUGCUGCAGCAGACGCCGGCAUCAAGGUCGUGCCAUCGAUCAUCAACGCGGUCGUCCUCACGUCUGCCUGGUCAUCGUCGAACCAGAGCAUCCUUUCUGGUACGCGAACACUGUAUGGCCUCGCGCUGAAGGGUCACGCGCCCAAGAUCUUCCUUCGAACGACGCGUCACGGCGUACCAUACAUGUGCGCCGCACUGCAGAUCGCUGUCUCGUGUCUGGCGUACUUGAGCUGCUCAAACGGCGCAUAUACUGUCUUCAACUGGUUGUUGGACCUCACGUCGGCGGGAGUAUUGGUCUCCUGGAUCACUAUCGCGUUAAACCAUAUCCGUUUGAUCAAGGGAUGUCGGGCGCAGGGGAUUGCAACUGAGGAGUUGCCGUGGCAUAAUUGGUGGUCAUACUAUAGCUCGUGGUUUGCCCUCGUGUCGUGCAUCAUCAUUCUCUUCACCGGUGGUUUCACUGUGUUCACCAAGGGGAACUGGGAUCCCGCGUCAUUUGUGUCUUCCUAUUUGGAUAUCCCCCUUGUCUUGGCAUUCUACCUUGGAUACAAGUUUUGGAAGAAGACGAGGCUGGUCCCCGUACAUGAGAUCCCACUGCAGCAAGCGCUCCAGGAAGUGCGAGAUAAUCCAGAGGAUGAGCCUGUCAAGACGAGCAAGUGGUCCAAGUUUAAUAUCCUCUGGGGAUAGAGGAGGUGUUCCUGAUGGGCUCAAGCUAGCUGUCCAGUCUAUCUUUCGGUUUAUG